GCGCUUUCAUCGAAGUUCUGGUUGCGGUUAAUAGCUAUGGUAUCGAAAACUGCUUCUUCAGUACAGCGUGAGUAGCGGUGCAAAAAAGUUUAUAUUUCAGUCACUUCGUGAGUGGUUACGGAAAGUUCAACAAUUUAAAAUGGCCACAAGUACUACACAAGAAACUACUUCACAGUGUAAUUUGAGUGAAUUGAAACCAUUUUUCAUGGACAAGUUAAUGAAGAAAAUAUUUUGCUUCUACGAUGAACAGUCUCUAAUUGAUGUGACUUUUAAAGUUUCUAACCCAGAGGCUUUUGUACCCGCGCAUCGUUUGAUACUCUCAGCAGCGAGUCCUUACUUCGAGAACCUCUUCAACGGCGAUCGAGGCAAUGCUCUUGUCAUCGAAAUAAAUGAUAUUGAUAGUGAUAUCUUUGAGCGCUUAAUAACAUUUUGCUACACAGGACAGGCGCUGGUUACAGUUGACAAUGUUGCUGCGACGCUCAAGGCGGCAAUCGUGUUGCAAUUGGAAGAUGCCGCGACCAUGUGCAUGGACUUCAUUAUGUCGCACAUUGAUGAAUGCACAUUACAGGGUGUAUAUGCGUUAGAACGCGAAACGCAAUGUGAACUUGUCAAGCGGAAAAUCCACGAAUACGAAAUACAGAAUUUCUUAGAGAUCAGCAAACGCGACGAGUUUCUCAAUUUUGAUGUUGAGAAAUUGCAAUGCCUUAUAGAAUCGGAAAAUUUGAAUAUAACCUGUGAGGAAGAUGCAUAUGGUGCCAUAUCUCGUUGGUAUAAUCACGAUGUUUCUGCGCGUCAAGAACACCUCCCUCGUUUAGUCGCGUGCCUGCGGCUCACGCAAUUCGAUGUGGGCUUCCUCUUGACUCACAUUCAGUCAUUACCUGGCUGUGAGUUGUUGGCUCUCCAGGCGUCCAUGUGGAUCAGUAAGCCUGCAGCACGGUCACAGAUAAAUAGCCGAUUUACAGAAUCGCGUACAGGGCUCGAUGCUAGGAAUACUGAUGAAAAAACAUUGCUGAUGAUUUAUCAAGAGGAUAAUGCGACGAAACCAUGUGUACUUCAAUAUAACAAACCUGAGGACAAAUGGCAAAAAUAUGCGAGUAUAAAUGAGGAUAGUGCGAACUAUAAUGCGAUUUUAAAGGAUGACAAUUUAUUAUUUAUUGGUGGUGCUCCCUAUAAGUCAGCAUCCAAAAGGUUUUUCAGCUGGAACGUAAUAAAUAAAACAUGGCAAGAAUUGCGAGAAAUGAAUCAAGCAAGACGUUUGCACAGUGUUGUCGAAUUAGAUGGAAAAAUAUACGCUAUUGGUGGUCGUGGUGAGAAUGAUACUAUUUUGCAGUCAGUUGAAAGGUAUACGGCAUUCAAUGGUUGGGAAUUUGUGGAACCUUUGAUUACAGCACGUUGCGAGGCCGGUGCACUGUCUUUGAAUGGUAAAGUUUACAUAAUAGGCGGUUCGAAUGGAAAAACCUUAAAAUCAGUGGAAUGCUAUAACCCGGAUUCGAAUAGUUGGACUUAUUGUGCAGUUAUGCGGGAAGAGUAUUCGGGCCUUAGUGUAGCUGCAAAUAAUGGUCACAUCUAUGUUGUAGGCUAUUUUAAAGGUAGCCCAGCUGUUGAACGUUACGAUCCUUAUCGAAACACAUGGAAUCAGAUUUGCUCACUGGAAAGUAAUUGCUGGCGCCGUUUCUUUUGUGUAUCUCUUGAAUAUAGACUAUGGGCUAUUGGUGGCAGCGUGAAGAAUGAGACAAGGGUCGAAGUUUAUAACAAAGGAUAUGAUCAUGAUCGUUGGGUACAGAAGAGCUCGUUACCCAAAGGAGACAUAUAUUCAUGUUUUGUUAUACCUGUAACUUUUCUGACUUCAAAAUAAACAAACGAUAAUGGAAA